CGGCCGAACGAUACCAAGGCGGCACGACUGUCGCAAAGUACGUCGGGAAGGAACGCACAUCGAUGGCGGAAUAAUCUCGUUUUGUUCGGGUAUUUAUCUGUAUUGACCGUGUUAAGAAUUGCUCGUAAUGUACCAGUGGAGUUUGAACUGAACGUGGUGAUCGUGGACGUUGAACGUUUGAGGUUCGUACUAAAAGCGACCAAAGCUCAACGCGCCCAUCAGGCCCAUUAAAGCCUCCCUGUCCUUGCGCCUAAAGCCCUGACGUGGCUCACGAGUUGGGCGCUGGGCCAGGCUGCGCUACGCCAGACCGGUGAGUUCCCACACAAAAUAUCGCUUGGUAGCACCGUGGGCACUCAAAGCCAACUAACCAUGUCUGUACAAAGUGUUGCUCUGGCAUCUCUCAACGCGACCUAUACCGACUCGGAGGGCGAGGACGGGGUGGAAGACGAGCGCCUGCAGGAGGAGAAUUCGAACACUCCCCAGGGGGCUGCCCCGCAUAAUGCCCAAGUCGGUCGUCAACCCCAGGCCCGAUCUGGCACCAGUCCCAUAUCUGGAGGCCGUUCAGCCUCGCACAGUCCCGCCGUCGGCAAGUCUGCCGGUAGUAGCGACUUGCCGGAAGCGGCCACAAAGGUGCAGCGAUUGGUCUCUUACUUUGACGAUACGAUAGUCUCCGAUGACGAGGGGGCGGCCGCUGCUUUGCUGCCACUGUCAGUGCCGUCGGCGCCGUCGUCAUCAUCGUUGAUGACGACGGGUGCGGCAGUUGCCGCGACGGUUGCGGAACGUCCUGAGGAGAAUGGUCUCUCGGGUACGGCUGUUACUAGCAUUGCCGUCACUUCCGCCACCACCGUCGCCGCCGCCACUGUCGUUGGCGAUGGCACUGAGCGUCGGUCGCCCUCUUCUCGUCCUGGAGAAUUGCUUUCAGAUAAUAAUGGUGAGGCGGGGGACUCUUAUGGGGUGACGAUACCACCGGAACCGCCGGGCCAAUGUCCCGCCGAUCUACAGGAUAAGAUCACGAGACUAUAUAGGAAAAUGGAAAGCGGCGGUCUGGACAUGAAUAUGUUGAUUCAGCAGCGCAAGGAGUUCCGGAAUCCCUCCAUUUACGAAAAACUCAUUCAGUUUUGUAGCAUUAACGAGCUGGGCACCAACUACCCGCCGGACAGAUUCGACCCAUUCAAAUGGAGUAAGGACUCGUAUUACGAGGAGCUUGCUCUAGUGCAAAAGACGGAGAUGGACAAGCUCGAGAAGGCACGCAAGGAGAAGACGAAGAUCGAGAUUGUGUCGGGCACAGCGAAACGGCCCAACAGUUCAUCUAGCAGCGCUGAAAAUGCCGACGCCAAGAAACGGAAAAGUAAGUGGGACCAAGUGGCGACAGGUGGUGCUGCCGCUGCCGCGGCCGUCGCGGCUGCUGCUGCCGCUGCCGUGACCGCCAAACCCACAGUACUUCUCACACAACCUACCCUGACGACUCUCACGUCUGUUACUGGCACCAAACCUACCAUUUUAUCAGCCUUCGGCUCGUUACCGAAAAAGAGAUUGUAACAUAUUGUGUAAAUGUGUGUUAUGUAAAUAAUGUCGAUUAAGAAACAUCCAUCCCUUUUGCUAGACAGUUGUGAGGCUGUGGAAAGAAAAACACGAUUCCGCCUCUGGAGAUUUAGGUUCUUGGAUAAUUGUUGAAAUUUUUUUAGAACAAUGUACCAGUUUUGUACCAGUAGUAAAUAUUCAUAAAACUAGGAGUAUAAAAAGGCAAGAAUACACAAAAGUCGUCAUUAUUGUAUUACUAAAUAAUUAAAAUAAUAUGAAGUCAAACU